ACAGAUAAUUGUUCCGCUAGGGGCGGAGGCGCGUCUUUUAGGAAACAGAGCGUGGCUAAAAGGAAGCGAAGAAGAUUGUUGUUUGCUCGGUGAAGCUUCCUCUUAGGAACAAGUUCGAAGUUGAAAUUCAGGAAUAAUGUUUGAAAACUUUAGAGAAAAACUUCACAUGGUCCAACAGGACUUCUCAACCAGCUUCAAGACCCUAGGAGACUUAUCAAAAGACACCAAAAUCAAGAGGAAGUCCAGGUUGGAAGAAGGCUUUCCAUAUUUGGGUGCUGGGCUGGAAAUACUGAACAGGUUUGAGAAGAGUUGGUUUCUACUCCGCAAAAAAACUAAAGACUGUGCUCAGGUUGCAGAGUCUGUUGAUGGUGACAUCGUGAUGCUAUCAGCCCACUGGGAGAGAAGGAAAGCUGCUCUGACACACCUACAGGAACAACUGCAAAGCCUACCAGAUUUCAUUAGUGAUCUUGAUGCCAUUACUGCUAACAUAGCUCACUUGGAAGGAGAAUUUGAGGAGAUGGAAAGCAGACUUCUCUAUCUGGAAACUCUGUGUUGUCAGUGUGAGCAACAGAAUGUAAAAAAUCAUCAUAUGAGCCAACUUGAAGGGUAUAAAAAGAAGAAAAGGAAGGAGGUGGAGUUACUGGAAGCUGAAUUGAACGCUGAACAUGCUCAGAGAGUGGCAGAGAUGGAGUUGGCUAUGCAGCAGAAACUGAGAGAACGACAGAAGGUUUACGAGGAAGCCUUCAACCAAGACGUCGAAAAUUAUCUCUCCACUGGAGGCCUACAGGGCAGAGGGUCUGCGGGGGUUGAUGUGUCGGUUCUGGAUCAGAUGACACUUAUUAACUUAUCAGACCAGGAGGCUUUGGAUGAGUUUCUUAAUUCCACUGGUGAAGAUAUAAGUUCUGGAUCAUCACUGACCUCAGGUCCAGACCUUAAGUCCUCUUCUUUGGAGUCCUUGACUCAAGUUCCUCCCACAAACAAUGGUCAGACAACUCAGGAUGCUGAAUGUCGGCAGGAGGAUGGAGCAAGUGAGGAGAGUGAGGAGCCACUGGUACAAUCAGAUGAGGAAGAUGUACAAGCAGAUAUGUCAUUGGUUGCUGUGCAGGACAUUGGCACAACUUUGUGCUCUGAUGAAAGUGACUCUGCAGGGGACAAGCCUGCUGAGCAAUGUAGCAGUUACACUGAUGGGAAUACCUUGUAAUUACACAACUACAGUUUAUAAACACCUCUGGUUCCACAAAUGGAUGGGCCUAUUUAGGAAAUAUUUGCCUGUAACCCAAGAUUAUUAAACUCCAGUCCUCAA